CGGAAGUGAAGAGAGAUCUUCUGUCACACUGUGGUGAGCUGCGGUCCCUCCCCGGUGGUCAGGUACUUGUAUUCCUCUGUGUAAGGUGAGACGGGGCAGGUGAUUUACAGUGAAGAGUUGACUUAACGUACCGCCACACGCCCCCUUCUGACAGCUGAUCAGCUCCAAAGUAACAGUAGACUACAUAAAGUCUUGCGUUUCGCUGAUGAGGCGUUAAAAAUGGCUCUGUGUGAGAAAGUGGCACUAGUCACCGGUGGAGCUCAAGGAAUCGGUAAAUCCGUGGCUGAAGCGCUGCUGAGGAAUAAGGCUAAGGUUGCAGUGGUGGAUCUGAACCAUUUGGUUGGAGAGAAGUGCAAGAAAGAUUUAGAUCAAGAAUUUGGAGAAGAAAAUUGUAUUUUUAUCCAGUGUGACGUGACACAACGAGAGAAACUUCGAGGUGCCUUUGAAAGGACAGUGGAGCACUUUGGAAGACUGGACAUUGUAAUUAACAAUGCUGGCAUCAACAAUGAAAAGAACUGGGAAAAGACAAUUGAGGUCAACUUGACGUCAGUCAUCCAGGGCACCUACUUUGCUUUGGAUCACAUGAGCAAAGAGCACGGCAAGGAGGGAGGCGUGAUCAUCAAUGUCUCAUCCAUGGCAGCUUUCCUACAUUCCGCCCACCAGCCAGUGUACACAGCCACCAAAUAUGGAGUGAUCGGGUUCUCUCGAGCAAUGGCAGACGCAGCUAUUGUUGGGAACUAUGGUGUGAGGAUAAACGCGGUGUGCCCUGCCUUUGUGGACACUACACUUCUCCAGACAAUUGAGCAAGAGGACUACAUGGGCAAAUAUGUCAAGUUCAAGGAUGAGAUCAAGCAAAGGAUGGACAAGUUUGGAGUGCUAAAGCCAGCACUGAUUGCAGAAGGCAUGCUGAAGAUAGUCAUGGACAGCAAUCUCCAUGGAGCUGUGAUGAAGAUCACCUGUUCCAAAGGCAUUCACUAUCACACCUAUGAGCCUGCUUCUGCCUAAGACUUGGCUGGAGCCAGACCAGAGCCUGCCCUGCUCCAACUACAGACCGCCAAAUCAUAUGUGUCGCCUCCAGCCCAAAGUUCUUAUGCUGUAUGUUUUUAUUAAUAUGUGUGAUAGGGUUGAAGGUACAUGUACAUUUACCAAGGUGCAAUAUAAUACUUUUUACGGAUCACUUAAUGGGCAGAGGAUGAGUCCACAAUCAAUGACCCAGAAACUAUUUGGGGUGAGCCUCGUGAAGGUUUGCAAAUGACUAUUUUUUAAGCAAACUCAUCAAGGUAUGGGACCAUAUGUGAUUUCCUCUAGGUCCUGUCUCAGCUGUUCCCAGAGUGAUCUGUGAUGUAGCAGGACUGAUAUACUGUUUUAAUGAUUAUACCCAUAAAUAUAUAUACAACUGUU